AUUGUUUCCUCUUAUAUAUCCAACCCUUUUCCAUCUUCAUGAAAUCCGGAUAUCCAUCCCAAACAUCCUCGUGUAUUCGUCUAUCCGCGUAUUCAUCUCGCCUCCAUCUCUCGCCAGUUUCAAGCCUCAUGCACGAACCCCCAUAAAUCCGACAAUAUCCUCAAUCCCCGGCUGAUGCUUUUUCCCCCGUUGAGCUUAGCCUGCCUCAUUCCCACUCCGGCGGACUUGUAAGACGCCGCAGGUCCCACAUCUGCCGAUUCUGCCCACACGGAGUGAUGACACUUUUUGCCUCUUGCGGGAUAGUCCGCCGGCGUGGAGGCUAAACGCCGACCCCUAGCCGCAGCAUCACGAACUGGCUGCUUUGCACUCUCUCUCUUGUUUAUUUCAUCCCUCUGUAAUGCCCUGUGGAAUGCAAGGAGGUAGCUUGUAUCUCUGUAUACAUCUGAUUACUACUAUUCCUCUCUUUGGUUACACACUCUCAUUGUCAUGGCGCCAAGCUCGCGCACACACACUCGAGCACCCGGCAAGGUUCGAUCGAUCCCUGAUUCUGAUGCAGAUCUGACGGCCAGCGAGAUCCGUUUGGCUCGUAGAAAGAUUCAGAACCGGCUUAAUCAGAGAGCACAUCGAUCGAGAGCCCGGGAUAGGAGAAUUGACGGCACGGGACAGCCUUACCGAGUCCAUCGCUGGCGGAUAGAUGACGGUAAGGAUGACAUACCAUACAUCAAGCCACGGGAAAUUCCGAGCGAAUCUGCCUGUGUGCCUGUAAAGGACAAGUCCGCUCCGUCCAAUCAGCUGGUCGUCUCGAAGCAUCCAGGGCCGAGCAGGGGACUUGUUCCGCAUGGUAGUGCAUUAGUCUCCGUCUCUACCACAAUCCCAGGCCGCACUUCUGCUCCUUGGCUAGGCCUCAGCUACUGCCUGCUCUCCGAUCACCUGCUGCAUCUAAUCCACUUCAACGUCCUCAGGGGCCUCUCAUACAACAAGAAAGUCAUCAAGCCGAAUGCCUUUAUCGAAUGCACAGGCAGCGCCACGGCCCAGUUGAAGAAGAUCCUCCCUCACAUCCCAGAAGCAACCUCCCUCGUGCAAAUCCACCUCCCUGAAAGUCUCGCUCCGACGAAGCUGCAGAUGUCGUGCCCCCACUCCAACUGGAUCGACGUGUUUCCCUUUCCGAAGAUGAGGGACAAUCUGAUUCGGUGGGAAAAUUACUUUAGCCAUGCGGAGUUUCUGACGGACCUCCUGGGGAACCUUAUCAGCUGCAUGACCGCUCCGCCGCCCAAGACGACGCAUUCGCUGCUUGGUAACAGGGCUCAGGGGGAGGAUGAGGAUAUUCCGACUGACCGCAGGGGGCUGAUUCUGUGGGGCGAGCCGUUCCACAAGGAUAGCUGGGAGGUGACACCGGGAUUUCUAAGGAAAUGGUCGUGGGCGGUAGAUGGAUGUGGCGAGUUGCUUGAGUCGACCAAUCGGUGGAGGACGGCGAGGGGAGAAACGCCGCUACGGAUGGCAGUGAAGUCGCGGUAGACGUAAGCAUAUGGAUGGAGUUUGGGAGUAACAGUUUUAUUAAUCAUGGUAGAUGAGUUGUGUAUU